AUGCCACCAAUCAAAAAUCUGAAUCAGUCCCCCUUUGACCGAAUAUUAGGCUUUCCUGAUGCCCCUGACAUCGAGACGCACACAGCGGAUUGGUGGACGGUAAUGGAUCGUCACACCAAAGCACGUUACGACCCAAAAGCCCCUCUGCCUUCCCAUCACUUUCGUUCACAAUCUGCCUCGGUCUUCGAAGAAACAACGAACGAAGAUGUUGUCCUCGAGUUCAUUCACUUCCGUCGUUUCACUGCCACCAAUCAGCUCCGGCGAUCAUGCCGCAUCGUCGACCUUAUAACUGAGGAGGACUUCGAGAAGAAGUGGCUUGCACUCUCACCGGAGGAGCAGGAGAAGCACUUUUUAGCUGGUCUGCGCACGGCAGAGAAAAACACGACCUAUGUCAUGUUCAUCAGAAGCAAAGCGGAUUGUCCGGAGCUGAACAGGGACGAGGUUACGCGGGAUGGUGGACAGGGAUUCCUCGAUCUCAUGCACCAGCUUGUGCUCUCAGAUAACGUCAAUGUCCCAACGCAGCCUCAUGUUAUGGUCAACUCUCGGUUCGACAAAAUGAUUGGGUUCAAAGAAGAUGAUCCUCACAAGGCUCGCUUGGCACAACUUUCAAUGGCGAGGAUGAUCAGGUCGGAGUAUAUAGCAAACUUUGUUAUGAACGUCCUCAUGUCAUACAAAGGUAUAACGCCCGAGAUCACCGUCUUCACCACCGAACAUUCGAAAACCAAGUCCACUCUCAAGAACCACUCAGAAAUGUUCGAGAAGAUGAUGGGAAAGACCGCAAGCAAGCAAUUUAAGAGGGACGAGGUUAAACGUCGCAAAGAGAUGAAGCUCCAUUGUCAGUACUGUCUUAAAGUUGAAGACAAAGAGAAGGACGGUAAAAUGACGGUCUGCUCUCGGUGUAAAUCCAUCGGACGCGAGAUUCGGUAUUGCAGUCGUGACUGCCAAGUGGCCGAUUGGAAGCAGCAUAAGAAAGAGUGCGGCAAGCCUCUGGAUAUCUCUUCCGCAUUUAACGACGUUCACAUCGGAGAUAGCGAAAACAACACCAAAAGACCUGACAUCCCGACAUGUCCGCCUGGGCAUCGACGGUCACCACACGUUGUUCGACUCAUCGAGUACCUCGAACUCACCACAAAGCACGACUACGUUGUCGAAACAAAACCUGGCACGGACGAUGUCUUUGGUAUCAAGCUCGACAAGGUCCCUGGUGCUGUCGCGUUCAUUCACAUGCGGAAUAUGCUCUUCACCACGUCUGGACCUGGCGCGGAAGGAGCUCUGCUCUACGUUUACCGGGUACUUCAGACUCAAGGUGGUGUUUCUGGAGAACGUUCCGUACAGGACCAGCUUAAGCGCGAAUACGGGGAACCACUAUGGAAUCGAAUGCAGGCCCUUGUUAAACGGGGCCCACCUUUCUCUAUACCUGAAGUAUCUCGCAAGGAUGUUGACGUUAUCAUCAAAGCUUUGAGGCAAUUAAAACGCUUCACUCAACAGCUUCGGUCAUAUACUAUCGGUUUGGGACCGAUAGCCAAGCUCGGACUUCAAGUAGGGCCAAAGAAGGAUGUUUGCGUAAUCGUACACUUCCCGGGGGACGCAAUGCCUCCACCAUGCAUACUUGUCCCCAUCCCCAACCCAGCACCUAGAGUCCCUUCGCGGAACGCCGUCGGACCCAACUUCAACCUACCUGAGCCAAGGCAUUUCGACGACUUCGAUUAUCACCACUACGUCGACCUGGCUCAGCAGAAAAGUUAUCUCCAAGUCUGCCCGCAUGCAGAUUACAUCCUCUGGGAUAGUAAUGGGGUACUGCUUGCGUUUACAUAUACCGAUAUGCGAUUUGCCAUGGCAUUUCUUCAUUACCGACAUCGUUUAUUCGAAAAUGGGCCGUACGACCAUGACGCAUUGGCGUACUUGAUCAUGGCUUUACGAACUGCCGUGCGUGGGAAGAAGAUCCCCGAGGCGGUGCUUUUGGCGCAAUUAGAGAGGGAGUAUCACCCGGGGUAUGUGGAGACAGUGAAAGCGUGCAUCAAGGUGCGCCCGUCCGAUGGGAAGGAGGUAUAUCAUCGAAGGGACGGCAAGGUGUUUGAACUUGGGCAGAUUCCGGCGGAAAAAUCUCUUAUGGGGAAGAUCAUGGUGCAACUCAAGGAAAGUGGGAGAUUUGGGGAUAUUUUGGACCGUUUCUAG